UUGUUCUUCUUUUUCUCUCUUCGGCCAGCCGGUGGGUAAAUUUCGCCGCACGGAAACCCCUUUCCCUUCGUCUCUCGAAGAUGGGACGGAGGGUGAUCGAGAUCGCGCUUCUUCUCCUACUCUCGCUCUCGCUCCAUGGAGCCCGUGCUCGCCAGGAGGCUGAAGGGGCUGCUGGGGCCAGAUCCCUCUUGCAAGAAGUUGCACGCAAACAUGAAGUGCAUUGUUCUAGAGAAAGAAGUAGAACUGCCUGGAAAAUUAUUGAGGAGUAUCUGAUGCCAUUUGUGGAUCAAGAGCAGUAUCAAAUUUCAAGCAAGUGUAGACUUCAUCCUGAUAAUGACAUGUUCCACGAACAGGAGCAGCACAAAAUUCAUGUGGAUACAAAUGAGUGGCGCUGUGGAUUUUGUAAAAAAGCCUUCCGUGCAGAGAAAUUCCUUGAUCAACAUUUUGAUAACCGACACUAUAAUUUACUAAAUGAUACUCAAGGACGAUGCUUGGCAGAUCUAUGUGGAGCGCUGCACUGCGACCAGAUGGCUGACUCCAAGAAGACCAAGACCAAAUGCAAUCCUGCAGCUGCUGCUAGGAACCGCCACCUUUGUGAGAUAGUUGUUUUCCGACUAACCAAGGUCGCUUGGCAAGCCGUCUUCAUGUGGGGGACAAAAACCCUUCUCCAGAGGGGGCAAGAAGCAAUCAAGCGUAUUUUACCUUGCUGUUUGCAUAUUGACAGUGAUGCUUCUACCACUGUUCUAUCUUUUGGUUUAUUUGCAUCAAAGAGAGAUGAGGAAGGGCACUCAAGAUCUGAAACGUAUAUCAAAAACAAUGCGCAAGUCAAAGCCAUCCUAGGUGGCAAAUGGAGCCUAAGGGCCUAAGGUUGCACAAGUGAUGGCCAUCCAUUUGCUAAAAACCCUCCCGUUCCUUAGUCUUUACAUAUAAACAGCAUGUAAGUAAAGAAUAUAUCAGACUAUCAUAUUGUUGGUUUUCCUCAAUUUGUCCUACCAUCAUUUAGAACCUGAGUCCGCUAAUGAUCCUUUUUGAUACCUAUAGUGAGCUCCACAAUGUUCUGUUUUUCUGUUGGCUUUCUUUGGAUACCUUAUGCUUCUCAGGAUUAAUUUCAUGCUUAUCCAUUUACUUUGCCUGCCUUACUCAUGUAUGCUGUAUUUGACCAGGCAGUCAUUUUUGACGUCUGUCAUAGGGUUCAAAUAUUUCAUAUCUAUCCUAGCCCCACAGAAUUUUCCCCAGACCCGCUUAAUGUGUAUGGAGUAUGAGACAAUUCAUUAUAAUUGCCAUAAGCUUAUUCUCUAUCUGAUAGUGGGUUCAUGUAAGGUAUUUUUCUGGCGCAUUUAGCAAUAACGAUAUUUUUUCUACGAACUGUAUUAUAUGGUUCCAUGUUUUCAGUUGACAUUAUACUUCUUAAUGCUCCAAAUAUUAACAUUUGAGUGACCAUGGCAUCUUCUCCCUGGUUCAGAAGUUGCCAGGUUGCUACUUGCCAAGUAUAUUGGUGGUUGUACCAGUGACUGGGGAUCAAAUCCUGUCUUCAUCAGGGUCAUAGCGUGGGGAGGGUGGUCAGGGGUAUUGCUGGAAAAAAAAGCCACCUUUUUCCUGCUUGCUGGAAUCUUGAGGUUCCUACCUGCAUGAUUUGUGCCCUCACUUAAAAUCAUUUUCUUUUUGAAUUACGUUAAUUUUAUAUUAUUUGCUCUGGGUGCUUUAUGUGCGAUCACAUAAUAUCAUUGUACAUGAGGAAUCAGAAAUGGGACACCCCACUGGCAAGGUGGCCUUUUUUCUGAGGUUUGCUCUGUCACCAAUUUCUAGUAACUACUCAGCAAACCUCCAAGGCUGACUGCAAUUUGCAACCUUUGCAACUUUGUUUGCAUUUGUCACUGAUUUUUAUGUAGAAAUGACAAGGGAAAGUGCUUUGGAUGAAGAUUUUGUAAUGUGUUCAUAACUGUGUAUUAAUGCCUUAAUUUUCCUUCUUA